AUGACCAGGAAGAAUAUGGACUCAGCGUUGUCAGCUUUCGUCGGAUGCGAAAUAGCUGGGGCUGGAAACGAACCAGGCAACAACAACAUACUCUCGAGUCCAUCGAACAGCAUGUCUGGGAGAUUCGACAACGAUUUCCCCACCGAGGUGCCGAGGCCAUCAGACGAGACCCUGCGCCAGCAGUUCAGCUUUCAUGUACCCCGCGAACUGAUCGCCAAGCUUCUCAAGAUCACAGAGCCAACUGCUGUGGAAGCUAGGCGUUGUGGACGUCUCAAACGAAGGCGUUUUUGGUGUGCGGGGGUUAAUGAUGUCUGGCCCCAAGACCAGCAUGACAAAUGGCUGCGCUUUGGUUUGGUGGACCAACAAGAAUCCACGCCUUAUUGCCUAGAUACUACCUUGACUGUUGCCGAAAACUUGGAGAGCAAUCCAGGCUCCGAAAAUUUUGCUGUUGCCAAUGCACAAACAAUGAUUCGACACCGCCUAGAUCCAGCACUCAACGGAACACUUCAGCACUGCUGGAUGCAAAAGCACCAGAACAUCAAGCCCGAAAUCAUGUGGUCUGUGCUUCGCAGGGACUUUGCUCCAGGUUUCGAGAAUAUCCUGGAGGAAGGUGUCACUAGGGGACUAUAUGACAUUCACAACACGCUGCAAAGCUACGUGUUCCGCUGGCUUGCAAUUCCAUGGCUCCAGGCUGAGCUUGAUGCAUGGGCUCAUCGUAGAAACCAUAAUGCUCCCCACAGGGACAAAAAUAAGAUUCUUCCUCACGGCAUUCCAGCAAUCAUUUGUGUGAAACCUCACGAAUUCAAUUCACUUGACUUCAAAGUUCCAGUGCCAAGUGUGCUCUUUGAUGAGGUCGAAGCAAUUUAUGCUCCCUCUGAUCAUCCUGCGGAGCCCUAA